GCCUCGCAGUCUCACAGAGGCUUGAGGUAACGCACGGCUUGGUUUACAGCCUCUGUGGGAUAUUGGGAAAUCUGACAAAGACAGUGCUGCCCACUGACUCUGGGGGGAAACAGGAAGUAACAAAGGAAACAAGUCAUUGCCUAGGCGUCCCUUUUGGCCACGCUGCAGAGCAGAUGUACAAGCAGUCGGGGCACAGCUCCUCCUUUGUGUGCACAGUAGUUAUCGCCACCGCUCCCAGCCUUUUUAUACACAAAAAGAAGGGAAGCACAGCGAUGUUCCUGCCAUGCCUGAGAGGGGCUAUCAGCUGCUAAUGGCUUUGUCCUCGCAAAGGAAACUAUCUUACAGUGAAAGCGUCAGCAGGAAAACUAUGUGUCGAUCAGGCGCAAUGACAAGGAAGAUGGCCUCAGAGGAACAGGUCUGGCCGGUCCCAAUGAAGGCAAUUGGAGCACAAAACCUUUUGACGAUGCCUGGAGGAGUGACCAAAUCGGGCUAUCUUCAUAAAAAGGGAGGCACUCAGUUGCAGAUUUUGAAGUGGCCACUGAGAUUUGUGAUUAUCCAUGAGGGAUGCAUUUACUACUUUAAGACCAGCACGUCUGCAUCUCCACAGGGUGCAUUUUCUUUGAAUGGUUACAACAGGGUUAUGCGGGCGGCUGAAGAGACGACAUCAAGCAAUGUGUUUCCUUUCAAGUUAGUUCACAUUAGCAAGAAGCACAGGACGUGGUUUUUUUCUGCUUCUUCUGAAGAUGAAAGAAAGAAUUGGAUGCUGUCCCUGAGGAGGGAAAUCGAUCACUACCAUGAUAAGAAAGAAACAGUAACAGAAUUCAGUGACUCUGGUUCUGAUGCAGACAGUUUCUAUGGCUCAGUUGAACGUCCCAUUGAUAUCAAGUAUUCUCAUCAUUCAGCAGAUAAUGAAGAUUAUGACCAGGAGGAAGACGAUGAGUCCUACUUGCAGCCAGAUACUUCUGACAUAGUGAAAGAUGAUAUCAUGGUCCUGCCCCCAGCCUACCCACCUCCACCGGUCCCUCAUGUCAGAAAAGUUGCCUACUCGGAGUCAAGGUCACAAUCCUUUAGUGGAAAAACUGCUGGGUCAGCAGCACCACCACCACCUCCAAAAAGGAGCUUACCUGAGAUCAAGACAGAGGAUUUCUUCAGUGUGAGAGAGCCCCAGUUACCGUGCCGAGCUGAACCUAACCUAAAGAUUCAGUCCUCCAGCCGGAGACCAAGUGAGCAGCUGCCUCCUGUGCCCCCUUUGCCUCUUUUCAAAAAGCCUUUUAGUGUCAAAGAACCUUCCUCACUGCCUCCAGAACCUCUGCCUCUGUCUCACGUUCUCAAUACUCCAGAAGGAUGCGAGAAACUAAAAACCUUAAACCUUUCACCACGAACUCCUCCUCCACUGCCAAGCAACAAACCCAAGUUGUCCCAGAUAACAGAAAAACCAAUAGAAACCAAAGUGCCAAGAGAACAUGGCAAACCGGGACUGUUUGUGCCACCAGUGCUCCCGAAGCCACCCGUGCCAGGCCACCAGCAUCCUGUACUUAAACCUAGACCAGAGAAGCCUUCAUGUCCCCAAUUACAAUCACCACCAGAUGGGCAGAGUUUUAGAAGCUUCUCAUUUGAAAAACCAGCACUGCCCUCCAAGCCAAGUCAAGCGAAUGAUGAUUCUGAUGAUGACUAUGAAAAAGUUGAGCUGCCUACUUCAAUAUUUGUUAAUACCUCUGAAUCCUUAGAAGUUGAAAGGAUAUUUAAAGCUAGUAGCCCAAAGGGACAGCCACAAAAUGGAUUAUACUGUAUUAGGAACUCAUCUACUAAGGCUGGAAAGGUAUUAGUUGUAUGGGAUCAAUCUGCCGAAAAAGUGAGAAACUACAGAAUAUUUGAGAAGGACUGUAAAUUCUACCUGGAUGCAGACAUCAUGUUUCUGAACAUGGGGAGUUUGGUUGAAUACUAUAGCACUCAUGUCCUACCUAGUCACGGCAGCCUGAUUCUUCGGUGUCCUUAUGGUUACUCUAAACCAAGCUGACAGGGCCGGCAUAAUUCACUGACACUGAGGAAAAAUGGGUUCUCUGCUGUCUUGGAAUUAAACGUGGACUUCUGCCACUGCUGGAUUUCCCGUUGCUUGCACACAAAACCUGAGUUAAUUUCAACCAUUUGUUUUCAUGUGAGCUAUAUCUCCACUUAAUGAACUCUUGGUAAAGUUUCGUAAUGCAGAUCAGUGGAUUUUGUGCCUUUCUCUCAGAAAGAUCUGAACAGACUGUUCUGUGAAGGCCAUCUGCAACACCUGCACCUUUUGUUGAAACUGCUGCUAUUACUGAUCUCCUUGGAAUGUGGAGAACAAUGUCCACGUGAACAAAGAAGUGUUGUGAAUACAACCAAAGCACAAGAGGGAAACUUCUGAAAAUACAUGAGAAUUCAUUUGUGGCAGGGAAUACUAAUAUUCUGACUUGAAGGUUUUUACUCCUUAAGUCAGGGCUGGUGCUGAACUUGUAUUACUUGUAUAGCUGAUGUGCAAAUAAUGAAGUCUUUUGUGCAAAUAAUUUGGUUUACUGCAUGUAAAGAUGAUUGGGAAAUGCAACAUUUUCUAAGCCAAUUGACACAUAAAUGUAAUUUGUGAUUAAAAUGUCCACAGUAAUCAAUACUGGGGUACUGUCCAACAGAUAGGGUUAUGGCAUCAUAUGUAUUAUUUAAGAACACUUCAAGUAGGUUAGGGUAAUGCUGAUUUGGUUUUAAUGGGCGUCCCAUUCCUUAUUUCCAAACCAGAAGGUUUUUUAAAACACAAGAAAAAGCUACAAUUAUUGUGAUGUUACAAUUAGUCUAUAAGAUGUUGUGGUCAAUUUGUGAGGAUCAGGUUGUCAGCCAAGUGCAUUCUCUUCUGUUUGGGUGCAAAGCACCCUGUUCUAGUCUACUUUUUGUAGAACUCUACUAAUUUUUUCAUUAUUAAAAUCUCUAUUAGAUCAAAGCAAAUGCAAUGCAAACGAGAUAAAAUUAGUUUUUAAUGUACCAUCAGCACUAUCAAUUAUGGGUGUUUGCAGGGUGCUUAUGUUUGUUCCCUAAUAUCAUGGGGAUAAAUAUCCUAAACACAAGGGCUUGGUGGUUCUGAAAUUGCCCUACUCCUGAAUUUUUGUAAAGAGAAAGCUAUUUUAAUGACCUGCUACAAUAACUUGGUUAAUGCAAAAGUACUGUCAAAUUAUUAUCUUUAAUAACGUUAAUGAGACUUAAUAAAAAAAAGAAUAAUUUGCUGUAAUUCUUGAAACAGGAGAAGCUAUCUGGUUUCUGUCAGUUUGAAUCCAUAAGUUUCCAAUCCAUAAGUUGAAUCCAUAAGAACAUAAAAGUUCCACUUUUCUGCUAACUUUACAGGAGCUAUACUUGCCAGGUUUAAUCUUAUUGUUAUUAAAUGGUCACAGCUUUAAGAACAUUAAAAUGUUACAGAAUAAGAAUUUUGUUUUAUGAAAACAGUAAAAUAGGAUUUAAUCCCUAAGGGAUUUUUCUUAAUAAGCUGUAAUAAUAGGACCUCACAUAGAGCCAGCAAUUCUUACCUUAAUUCCUUUAUUUUGUUUGAGACAGAUAUGCACAAUAUCAGUAUCUGCUUUCUGUUCCCACUGUAAUAAACAUUUUUGUGAGUGUAAAUUAAAGAAUGUGCAGUACUUAAAUUUCAGACUCUGUUGAAUAUCAGAUUUGUAAUUCCUUUUAUUUUAGGUAAGUAUGUCUGUGGUUCACUGAUCUGAUGUGAUCCACUCCACAAAGAAAGCUCAGCUAACAGUGCACUCAUAAAGAUGUUGGCUUUUUAGAUGUGUGUAUCUGUAUUUUAGGCAAGCUCUAUUUUUAAUUUUUUUACAGUAUUUAUACAUACUGUUUACAGAGUAAAUUUUUCUCUCUCUAGGAAUAACUGACUCACUCCAUCAUGACAGUCAUACUUACAAACGUGCUAUGGGGCCAAAUUCAGGUUCUUGAGUGAGAAUUGAGGACUGAAGCAUUCAUUUUAUCUACGAGCACAAAACACAAGUGCAGCCACAAUAAAAGGUUCCUCAGAGGAAGAGGAAUGUGCUGUGCAAGAGAGCCAAGUCUCCAAAGGACUUCAGCAGCUUGCAGGGAGGAGAGGCCCUUUGCAUUUCCCAGCACCUAACAGCCCUUCUGUUCAGCAAUGUUGGCGUCACCCAGCAGGUUUCUCUGAUGCCUCCUGCAGGCAAGUGGGAGGGGCAGACAGGGACGCACUAAGCAAUUCUUUCAGAUGGAUUCUAAAGAAAUCUGUAGUCACUCUCUCUUCUGAAUCAUCUUGCUCCUAUGUACUGCUCUAGUCUGUUUGGUGGAGAAUUAGAUAAGGUUACAUUUCUGGUGUUUGUAGGGAAGAAAGGCACAGUUUAGAGCUCACAGUCUGUCUCCUAUGUCUCUCACACAUCUGAUACGCCCCACUGCAAGCUCCUUAUCUUAAAGUGGUUUGGGGGAGAAGUGUAAAAGCAGUAUUUGGCAUGCCAAAAUAUGCAGUUUGUGAGUUUGGUAACAUAGAAGUCAAAAUAAUUGCUACUAAUUUUGGACAAAAUUCUGCACUUUCUGGCCAAAUUUCUGCGAAAGGUUUGUAUUUGUGGAGGAAUAAUUUUUCUAGGGAAGAAAAAACCAAAAAACAAAUGGUUCUGGAAAUACAGGAUUUAAAAAGGGACCAUCAAUCAAUAGAGUGCAAUAAUGGAGCAAUAGGAGCACUAAAAGGGAAUCUGAUAUUGAGGUUUUCUAUGAGACAGAGUGCUACAUGCUGCUGCUUUUUGUCAGCUAUUCCCUCAGAACUUAACACUUUUCAAAAGAAUGUAAAUAAGUAAUGAGAAUAUUUGUGCCCUCUGUUCUGUCUUGCUUUAGAAAAUUGGAAGGAAUGGUGAUUUCUGAAGCGUUGGUGGUGAUUAGUUUGAGUUUGGUGACAUCUGCUGGUCAGCCGUUUCCAUGCAGGGCUCUCCCCAACAGCAGUAUCUGCAUGAAACGUGUACAGAGAUCAGUUGGGUGGACAUCAUUCUUAAGUGACUUUGGAUAAGAGCGAGUUUACAGCCUAACUCUAGGUGAAAAGCUGGUGAGCUGUGUCUUUGAGGGUGAAAGCAUCUUUUGGCUCAUGUUUCUUACGUAAGUAGCAACAUUGUUUAGCAAAAUUGGUCAUCUGAAUGUAUUUUAUCCUGGAUGAUGAAGGAGUAAUAUAAGCAAGAAUAUAAAAUUCAAAACAACUACUUCGAGGUAGAAUUUGCAUAAUCAUAGAAUUUACACAGACAUCUGAUGACUACCUAAAUACCUGACAUAAUGAAGCACUAAAGAGUUGUUCUAAACAUUAAAUACUUCACCUGGCCUAAGUGUCUGAUGUUGUAAUAGUUUCCAUCUUAUUAAGAAGUCAACAUCUUGAACUGUUUUUUUCUAGAAAGAGAAGCACUCCAGAUGACCAUGAUUACAGCCUCUUAAGAGAACUCCAAGCUCUCAUAUUAAAAAUAAAAUAAAAAAAACCAAACAAAAUAAAA